UUAGAGAUGGGUGAGCACACUACUUCUUUGCAGUACUAGGGGUGGUAGGAUGUACGGUAUUACGAUACUUAUAACCAUCACUGGUGUGGUGGUGGUAAGCAGUCACCUCAACUGCACAAGCUAUGGUGCUCCCAAAUGCAAUGAAUUUGAAGUGCGAGUGGUCGGCAAACCUCGGCGAGACAGGUUCUGCAGGCCGUGGCAUACGCCCACAUUGGCAAUCAAAGAAACUCCGCCAAUGCAUCUGCAAACGCGGCUACGUUCGCAACUCAUGGGGAGAUUGCGUCCCGUGGAAGAAGUGCAUUCGCUGCAAGUGCCGUCGGCAGAAGGACUGGAACCUGUGCGCGUCCGGCUGCCCCGUGGCUUGCAACAAGACGAUAGCUGCUUCAUGCAGCAGGACGUGUGUUCCUGGUUGCGAUUGUCCUCCGGGCUGGGUAAUAGAUCCGAAGAACUGGAGGAAGUGCGUCAAGGUGAAGAACUGCCUUCCAGUGUGUCCUCCACACUCUAGAUUCGAGCCCUGCGUCUACAGCUGCAGACCCAAGUGUGGCAUGAGCACGCCCAAAAAGUGCAACAUCACUUGCUAUAGGGGCGACUGCGUGUGUGACAAGGGCUUCGCCGAGUUCGAGAGAAACGGAAAUAAGAUAUGUGUGCGCCAGAAAAAUUGUGACUGGUACCUCCGUACGAAGCCGUUUUUCACACUUAACGAGACAGGACAUGCUAGCAGCGGAGGAAGUGCAGGUGGCUUCGCUCAUCAUCCUGGAGGUGUAAUAGGAUCUUUGGGAGGUGUCACUACAGCGCCAGAAAGUACGCUCUCGCCUGGUGCGGCAGGCGGCAUGGGGAGUAGUAACGGGACAUACACUUUGGGUACAACGUUGAGUGGUGGGUCCGGAGUUGGCGCGCUUGGUGUAGGUGUAGGCACAAUGACCAGUAUCCCUCUCCCUUCGGCAGGAACCAACGGAGUAGCAGUAAACACUACAGGCACGCCCACAUCACUCGCUGUGGGAUAUGGCGGGGCUAGUGAAAACGCAAGAGGUGCAUCCGCGUCAGUCUUCGCAGGGUCUGGCACAGUUUCCGCCAGGGCGGGAACAGUCGCAUUUUCUCCUCGAAGAAAUACCGACAUUGGAAUAAGCCCCGCAGGCACGCUAUCGUCACUUUCUGCGGGAAGUGGAGGUGCCGAAGCAACCAUAGGAGGUGCAGUCACACGCCCCUUAGCAGGGUCUGACACAGCUACCGGGGCCUUGGGCACAGCUCCACUUCCUUCAGCAGAAACUAACGGCGUUGGAACAAGUACAAGAGGCACGUUCCCAUCACUUUCAGUAGGACAUGGCGGAGUCAAUAUAGGCUUAAGAGGUGCACUCACACCCGCCUCGGUGGGAUCGAGUACAGUUAGUGCCGGUGCAGGUACAAUUAGAGAAGUCUCACCUGUUUCUGCAGGUACCAGUCGGGCCGGAGUAAGCACACUAGGCACGCUGCCCCCUUUUACUGCAGGACCUAGCGGUGGUGAUGUAAGCUCAGGAAACAUGUUGCCUGCAGGAACUGGCCGUGUCGGUGUGUCUGUAAAUUCAGCGGGUGCAGUCCUGCCAGUUUCUUCUGCAACUUCCACGGCCGGAAUUAGUAGAUCAUGGCACGCUCCCAUCUCCGUAUACAGAGCAUGGAAGAAUGGGUGUAGACAUAGCAGGGAUGUCUUCACCUGCCUACACAGGAUAUAGUAGUGCUGGUACCAGUGUCGGCAGCGUCAAGCACUGCUCUCGCCACAUCCUACACGACCGGGUGCACACGGUAAUGGUGCACUCUUACCUGUUUCUUCAGUGUCUGGAGGGGCUGGCGUAAGUAGCCACAUGAGCAGUACCAUCCCCAAGAACUCCGGGAGGUGCACACCCAGCCUCUGUUACAGUAAACACAGAAGGCACAUCGUCAUCUCCUUCCCGGAGUAGUCGCCGUAGGAAGCACUGUAACUAACUUGGGGAGCAUGCACUCUGGUGGUUCUCCUCGCUUUCCUGGUAGCGGAGUCGCUACACACACAGGAAGUACGCUGACGCCAAUUCCUACAUUAUUCGGCGGGCCCGGGGCUAGAAUUGCUACGGGAAGUGCUACCCUAAUUGCUAAUGCAAGCUUCCUCGCACCAAGUGCCAGAGUAAACAUAGCAGGGGAACCCUCGACAAGUACCGCACGAUUGGAUACGGGUGGUGUCAGAGUACUUCCCACCGGUACACCAGCAGCCGUUACUGGUACACUGGAAGGAAUUGGAAUCAUCGUAAGCCCACAAAAUCCAAGCUCGUCGCUUACUGCAAGUUCUGACGGAAACGGCACCAGAGCAGAGGAAAGCGGUGCGCACUCAUCUGGUACUGAAACACAUGGAGCAGAAACUUUCCGAGUACACGGAACAACUACACACUCCCCAGGUGAUGCAGUGCGCGGCGAUAAUAACGGUUCUGCAACACUCACUCGGGGUAUGAGGCUACCUGGUGCCAUGGGCGCUUUCCCGGCUGGUAUCAUUACGGAUGCACGCAAUACAGGACCACUUCGCAACUUUGGUUAUGGUGGAGCUUUCCGUUCUGGGUAUAGACUCGCUACACCGUUCCCUGGAGGCCCAGCAUAUCGUAUACCUGGCUCCGCACUUUACCUACGCCGUCCAUACUUUUCUACUGCUGCUGCGGGAAAUGGCAACUCAGGCCUCCGGAUAAGACCAGGAGGCCCAUACUCAGGUGGUUUCCGCUCUUUACUGACCGUUCCGUGUUUUGGAGAUUCCCAGAAUUCUUUAGCAUGUACCCUGGUGGUGUAGACAGCGGUGAGCGCCCUCCACUGAACGAGACGCUUGAGGAACCGGCGGAGAAUGCACCAACACCUGGAACGCUGCGCGAUGAGCACCGGUAACCACAUUUGGGCAUGGUAAAAACUUGUGAUCCCUAAGUGACUAUAGAAAACUGAGUGUUUAUGUUACGUGGCUUAUACUGCUCUCCGAAUUACAAUAUUCGAACUUUUCGCUAGUGCAGAAGCGGGCGUAACAUAUGCUAACCACAAAGGCGAAUCCGUUUGGUUGAUUUUGACAAUUCGCACUACUUGAAUACCUUAGGAUUUCAAUUUUGGCGAUGCCUUACUAUAUCUAUUUUUCAAGUAAUGCGACUAGCUGCAGGAUCCACACUGAAUAAAAAUAGGAGUGAACCCCGAA